AUAAGUGUUAUGAUAUCAUAUCAAAUGUUACACUACAGUGAGACGGGAGUUAUUUGUAAUUUAUACUAUACUACGUGCCAUAUUAUCAUAAAUUGUGCUUGGAUUAUAACAUAAGAGUUGUACGCUGCGUUGUAUAUUACUUUACGUGAUUUACUAUUUUAAAGUAGUAUUGUUAAUUUCAUUUAAAAAUUCAAUAAGUUGGAUAUAAUGUAAGAAAUGGAGACGAAUAAAGAGGACACAAAUCCCAGCGCUGAAUCUUUGAAAAUGGGGAAAUGCCCGCUGCUGCCAGCUAUUACAGGCAACAAGCGGGAUAGUGGGUACGGAACAGAUGUGAAUUCCCCAGCGUCCCAGUCAUCCGGUACUUCGGUUCCCCGACAGUUUGUAUUUGGAAGUUGUGGUACAGACGUUGAUAUAUCCGAAACCCUAGAAGAAAUGGAUAUAAACGAUAAUGAAGAUGUAUUUCCUAAAUGUGACGAAGAGCGUCACAAUGAGGCAUCUGAUCAAAACGUCGAUGAUGACAACGAUAAAGAGGUUGAAGAACUCUUCGGUGAGAGUUGUGAACUUGACCAUUCUGUUUCGGAACCAAUAGCAAUACAAAGACCACAAGCGCCCAUUCCAACACCUGAAGGAAUCGAUGAUGCCAGAAACAUGGGCUGGGCUCCGUUAGAGAACAGUGAGGACACGUCCGUGUCCGAACCUUUAUAUUUAAAUUCAUGGACGAGAAAAGACCGUCAAAGAAGACGGUUUCGUCCAAUAGCUAGUCGCAACUUUGGUACACAGACUCCAAGUCCGAAAGAUCAAGAAUUUGGCCAGUUGGGCCCGAAUUCUAAAGGUAGAUCGAGGCGACCUCUUAGGUUGCGGUGUGAGUCCGAGUCGUCCGGGGUUGAAGAAUAUCAUCAGCAUCUCCCGGAUCUAAUUCCCCAACCUCGGGAUAGAUCAGUGUCACUUCCAUCGGUUCCUUCUUUUCGUAUGCAAGAGCAAGAAGUUGGCAGAGAGUUACGAAGAAUCUCGGAUGAGUUCAACUCGUCUUUUACACCUUUCAGACGGCGAGAAGCGAUUCCAGAACAUUCAUCGUCUUUUCCACGACAAGUUAACAUCAACAUACAAGCAUGUUGGACUAGAUUGCGACGCAUUGUGUCAAGCAGUUCAUUGGAACAAGACCAAGAUGACACCCAACCAUUCGAUCCUUCUUUCGAAUGAAGUCCACGGAGGAGCCGUUGUAAAAGUUUUACAAGUAUUGUGAACGAUAUAUUACGAAGACAGUAAUUAAAACUCGUAAUUAGCAAUCGUCUAAGUUUUUGAUGACAUAAAAUGAAAAUGAAUAGAUGGUGCUGAAAAAAUGAGUCUGAAAAAGUUAUUGAGAGUGUUGGUUGGGGGUGAGCAUAAAGUCUGACAUUAUAUAAAAAGGAAUGAAAUAAGUAAGAAAGUGUUGCUUCACGUUUAAUUGGGUGUGGAACACCUGAAUGGUCAUGCAUAUUAGUUUAGAUUCAGCUCAUGAAGCCUCAGUUAGUUAUCUUUCCCUUAUUCUUUGCUCAGACGUUGUUUUACACAUUUCAGGCGAAUUGGACAAUUAUAUUCUUUUAUUCAUAGAUUGAUCUCAAUUGUUUCGGUACAUUCUUUAUGCAUGCCCAUGAUGCCUUACCAGCUUCUUCGUAUAUUGAUCUCCGUGUCUUUGUAUUGCUAUUGUAUUUAUAUAUUUAUGCAACGAUAUGAUGACGAUGAGAACAAGUUUGUUCUCAGUAUUACGGAAGGACGUGCGACAAAGAUGCUUCAAUGAGUGCAUUGUAAAUGCCGAUUACCGAGCCAUUUUGAUUUAUGAUUUGAUAUACACUGUAUUUGCAAAAAGACGAGUUUUUCUUUGGAAUUAAUGCUCAUGAGGCACAAUUAACUGUUUCUGUUUGUAAUUAAUGUAAAUUGUACAUUCAAAUUAUUUUCAUUCCGCCAUUUUCAGUCUUUUUAUUUUAGUACUGGUGUUUGUUCUUUUUACUUUGUAUAUACAUGUUCAUGUAUAUCUCUGCAUUUACAGGAGAAAAUUGUAUGAUAGUUUUGGUGCAACAUGGCGGAUUUAAUUGGUGCAAAAAUUAUUUGUGCUAUUUUUAGAAAUUUUCAAGGUCCCUGUAGUUCACCGUUAUUUGAUUUGUAUAUUUACCAAACUAUGACGUAUUACGUUUGUUAUUAUUUUAUUUUUUGUUCGUUAGUAAAUGUGUUAAAUUGCAUAGCAAAUUUUAUUUGUUUGAGUAGUAUUUCCGGGCAGUUUUGGUGCAAUAUCUUAUGAUCUCCACAUUUUUUUUUACUGUUUAUUGUUGUAAAAAAAUAAUCAAUGGAAACUUAAAUAUGCAAGAAAACAAACUGUGGUAUGUCCGUAGAUACAUUAACAAUGAGUUUAGAAAUACUAUUUUACCUAGUCUUUUACCGAAUUUGUUCAUAUAUCAAAUGGUAUUUGCUUAUUGAUAAAAUAUUAAACGUGGAAGGAAAGAGUUUAAAAAAUACAAAAAAGAUACAUGUAUAACAUGGAUUUGUGUUUUUAUAUAACCUAACCUCAUAAAAGAAAACACUAUUCAUUUUCUCCUGGUUUGUUAAUCUUAAUGUGGCAAAUAUUUUUUUGUGGGUAAAUGGAAAUUUUGUUUCAGUCUGUGCAUGGAGUUCACGUGUUAAUCACCAUUUUCUCUCAUGUUUGUUUGUUUUUAUCAUUCAUUUUGUUUUCAUGAAAUAAUAUUGAUCUCAAAUAUAUUAGUCCGUGUGAUAUGUAUGCUUGUUUUUUUCUGCCAAACAAGAAGGAACAUAUUUGUUUGUUAUUUCUUGCAAAAUACGGAGGACGAAAAUUAUGUUAUUAAAAGGUUGAUUCUUUUCUUUUUUGGGGUUGUAGUUUAAGUGAUGAUAUAUAUUUGUUUUAAUCAAGGAAAUAUGUUCUUUCUUGUUUCAUUGCCAUUGCGUAGUAUGUACAUUUUCUACUUUUGAAGUCAUUAUGAUUAAAAGAGUUGACAUGCAUUUGUAAAUGAUUGUAAAGUCUGGUAUGAGACAAAGGAACUUUUACUGUCGCGUAUCAUUUAUUUAUUUUAAAAAGUCAAAAGAAAACAUUAUCUGAAACUCUUGUUUUAAUAUUGAUAUUAUUAUAAAAGAAGAUAUUCGAGAAAAAAAGUUUAAAAUGAACAGACUACGACUGAAAUUUCUCAGGGAUGUACAAAGGUGUCAUAAUGUUGUAUAGUUAUAAAAUGUUUUCUUGGUAUUAUUUUUUUUCAAGUUUUCAGUUUUAUUGUUCCUUUGCCGCAUGUUCUCUGGUAUAAGUUCGGGCAUUACAUAUGUUAGAUAUACAGAAGAAAGGAAUUUUCUCAAUGUUUCGGGUACUGUUUUUAGAGUGUAGGGUAUAAAUUGUUCCAUGACGGUAAAUUUAAAAUGCAUUUGUCGUAAAGAAGGGUAUUUUUUUGCAUUGGCACAGGCUGUUCGAUACGAGUUUUUUUGUGUUUUUAGAUGACGUACAUUGUAUAAAACUAUGAAAAUGUAUGAAUUUAUUGAGAGUACAGUGUACUUAAACUUUAAAGCAAGGUAAUAAGGAAAUCUCAAAAUUUGUUUGAAAUGUAUUCAAUUGGAUUUGUUUGAAACUAUUUGUUCUUGAUAUUGAUAUUCUUGUCAUGAAAAGAAAAGAAAAUGUUUUAUAAACCAUCUCAAUAAAAAUGAUAAAAUGAUAAACUUUUA